AUGGCAAAGCUAAAAUCGGAUGUUCGCGUUCGUAUAGCUGCUCUGGAGCAUGCGAUGGCCGAUUUUGGACCGUCCAGUCAACAUUUCCUGAUGAACAGUGUUCAGGCUCCUUGGCAACGAGCCAUCUCCGCCUACCGGACAGCAAUGAAACUGCGUGCCAUCCAGAAACGCUUGUGCCUGGAUCUGCUAACUCUGGAAGAUGUGAAUAGCAAGCUGCAGACGCUCAACGCUGUAUGGGGUGAGCAAUGCCUAUCAAUGAAAGAUGCUGUGAUGUGUUUGGUACCAUUAUUUGAAGCAGCCCAGGAGAAAUAUCCAAAACUGAUCCAUUCCAUACCGCUGGCCGUUGAUCUACUGCUCAAUUUUGUUUUAAAUAUUCCAAAAUUUUUCGGUGAGGCAGCAGCAUUCGGUGGUUCGAACGUUGAGCCCUCCGUGAGAUCUUGCUUUGAAUCCGCGAAAUAUCCGCGGACAAUUUUGAUUGAUGAAUUCUUGAACUGGUUAAAAAAGGAGCCGCAAAGUAUCGUUUGGCUACCUGUAAUGCAUCGUCUUGGAAGUGCCGAAUUUGCCAAACAUCAGACAACAUCAGGUGAGGAUGUGCGUGAUUUCGGUCUUAUUGUGAGGAAUAAAUUACGAGCGAGAAGCAAAACUAAAAUCGGUUAUCUGCCAGUGCAAACAGUCGAUGAGGGACCACCGCUGGAAACGAGCAGUAUUACGCCGGUAAAUCCGAUCACUGAACCAAUCCACAAUCGUAUGCAGUUGUGUGCUCGGAGAUUAUGGCGUGCACGUGGUGACGAUGGUACACCAAGUGCUCACUUUCAUGAUCGCAAUGAGGAGAUGCGCGCGAGCACAGUGGAUCUGAAAUCGCCUCUGCAGCUUUUAUCACAAGUAGAACAAAUGCACAAGGAAGAGCUGGAUCAGGUUUUGCACAAACUGCAACAUGAAAAUAGAGAGCUGAAGAAAGAAAUUGAAAGGCGAAAGAAGUUCGAUGGUGGCAUUGGCUCAGCACCAAAUUUAGUGCAUGGCAGUGGUGCAUCGACAUCGCGAAGUGGUACCGACAAUAUGGGCACCGGCCGAUCAGUUCCCUCACUACCGAACUCUGGCGACGAGCAGUUGUUGAGAGAGGCGUAUUUGCUGCGGCAGCACAAGGAACGAUUGGAACAACGAAGUCGAAUACUGGAAGAGCAAAAUCGGCAGCUCGAAACGCAGCUUACACGAUUGCGAACAAUCAUUGCACAGGUGGGUUGCGACCCUAAUCAGGAUGAGGUGAAUUAUUCCUAUGAAAAAUAUUGUCAUUUCCUGAAUUUUCAGCAACAUAAUGCUGGAAACGAAGGCAAGGAGAGUGGUCAGGAGGAGCACGAAUCGAGCGUAGCAUCCGGAGAGGAAGAUGAAGGGAUCGAGUAUGAUACAAGGCCUAAUCGUAUGAAUUCGUUGAUUGCAUCCGUGGAUCAGCUUGGCCGCGCAAUGCAGUCUUUCGUUGUUUCGGUUGUUAACGAAAAUGGCGAUGACAGUAACGACGAGGACGAUGAGGUGACCAUCACUGGCAAUUAA